AUGCUUGCUGGGCUAUGGUGGUUAUUUCUUGGGAUGCUAAUGCCUCCUCUUCCAGUAUCCUGCAACAUCUUCAAAGUGGGUCUGGUAGGCCCGUGGGCCUGUGAUCCUUAUUUUUCCAAGGCAUUUCCCCAAGCGGCUGCCAAGUUAGCUAUGGAGCGAAUAAAGAAUGAUCCUUCCAUUAAUUUCCCCCAUCAACUGGAUUAUACGUUGCUGGAGGAAGACUGCCAGACCUGUAAAGCCUUGGGUCGAUUCAUCACCUAUGAAAAACAUGCAUCGGUAUUCAUGGGGCCUCUGAACCCCGGCUACUGUGAAACAGCCUCCCUGCUAGCUAGAAGCUGGAGUAAAGCCCUCAUCUCAUGGACGUGUGUGAGCCACGAACUGGACAAUCCCAAUUACCAUCCUACUUUUAUAAGAACAUCGCCCUCUUUGGCCAGCAUCCUCUUUGCCGUGCUGAAAUAUUUUAACUGGGCUCAUGUUGCCAUCAUUUCUUCCAAAGAGGACCUUUGGGUGGACACCGCCAAUAAGCUGGCCAUUGCGCUAAGAAGCCAGGGCCUACCUGUAAGUGUUGUUACAUCAACAGGGAACGGAGAGGGAAGCGCCGAAGGGACUUGGGCAGAGAUCCAAGCCGCUGCUAACAUUAAAGUUGUUAUUCUGUGUAUGCAUUCUGCUCUCAUUGGAGGAGAAGAUCAGGCCAUCUUGCUAACCAAAGCACAGGAACUGGGGCUGGCAGAUGGGAGAUAUGUCUUUGUGCCGUACGAUACUCUGUUCUACAGUCUUCCAUACCAAAACCAUUCCUACUUCAUUCUUGAAAAUGAUAGCACAUUCCGGGAGGCUUAUGAUGCAGUGUUGACCAUCACGCUACAAUCUGGAGAGAAAACAUUUUACGAAGCAUUCAAAGCAGCUAAACAGAAGGGUGAAAUAACAAUGGAUCUGGAACCACAACAGGUCUCUCCACUCUUUGGCACAAUCUACGAUGCAAUUUACCUGGUUGCAAAAGUCUUAAGCAAGGCACGUCGCCAGCAUGGAAUGUCUGAGCUCUCAGGGAUCACCUUGAAGGAACACAUUGGCAACCUGGACUUUGCUGGAUUCAGCUUCAGGAUUCAGGCAGACAGCAAAGGGAGACUCUUGGCCAAAUAUGUGAUUCUGGACACGAAUGGCAAAGGGAGCCACCUCUUCCCCACCUAUUUGCUGGCUCCAUCCUCUGGCUUGGUAAACUCCAUUGGCAGAGCCAUACACUUUCCUGGAAGAGGCCCACCCCCAACGGAUUCCAGCUGUUGGUUCGAUCCAGAUGUUAUCUGCAUUAGAGGUCUGGAGCCGCCCAUUGUAGCCCUGGUGUUGCUGCCUCCACUCUUCCUGCUGCUCUUUGGCAUGUGCCUUGCAUACCUUAUCAGGCACAGCACCUUCUAUCGCCAAGUAGUCAAAGGCUCGAAGAAGUUACUGCUGACUCUUGAUGACCUCACGUUUGUAAACAGCAAACUCAGCAGAAUGAGGCUGACUCUGGAUAACCUGAGUGAUUCCAAGAGCAACUCAGAAGGCCGAAGCCUGAGAUCAGCCACUCACUCCUCGUCGGUGAAAAGCACGUCUGUGACCUAUGAAACCUCAAAUGUAGCUGUGUAUGAGGGAGACUGGGUGUGGUUGAAGAAACUGGAGCCUGGAGUAUCUAGAGACCUGAGGCAGCACAACACCGCCUCCUUGCUAAGCAAGAUGAAGGACGUGCGGCAUGAGAAUGUGAAUCCGUUUUUAGGCCUCUUAUCUGAUGGCAGCCUCUUUGCUGUGGUGAUGGAGUUCUGCUCCAGAGGAAGCCUGGAGGAUUUGUUGCAAAACGCGGACAUUAAGCUGGACUGGAUGUUUAAAUCAUCUCUUCUGAUGGACUUAAUCAAAGGGAUGAAAUAUUUGCAUCAUCAGGAUAUUGCCCAUGGGCGCCUCAAGUCUCGUAACUGUCUGGUGGAUGGGCGGUUUGUGUUGAAAAUCACCGAUUAUGGCUACAAUGAGCUCCUAGCCACACAGCAAUCUUUAUGCAUUCAGCCACCUGCAGAAGAAUUGCUUUGGACAGCGCCUGAGUUGCUGAGGGAUCCUGCGAUGUACAUAAAGGGCACCUUCAAAGGAGAUGUGUACAGUUUUGCCAUCAUCCUUCAAGAAGUGGUUGUUCAAGGCCCACCUUACUGCAUGUCUGAAGUCUCGGCUGAAGAAAUUAUAUGCAAGCUGAAGAAACCUCCACCCUUGUACCGCCCAAGUGUUUCUCCGGAAUACGCCCCUCUCGAAUGCAUCCAGCUAAUGAAGCAGUGCUGGAGUGAGGUGCCAGACAGAAGACUUACAUUCGAUGAGAUCUUUGAACAGUUCAAAACCAUCAACAGGGGCAAAAAGACCAAUAUCAUAGACUCCAUGCUGCAGAUGCUGGAGCAGUAUUCCAGCAACCUGGAAGAAUUAAUCAGGGAAAGGACUGCAGAGCUGGAGACGGAAAAGCAGAAGACAGAGAAGCUGCUGACCCAAAUGCUUCCGCUGUCGGUGGCAGAAACGCUGAAAACCGGUGCUGUGGUGGAGCCGGAGUAUUUUGACGAGGUGACGAUCUACUUCAGUGACAUCAUCGGCUUCACGACCAUCUCUUCGCUCAGCGAGCCCAUCGAGAUUGUGGACCUUCUAAAUGAUCUUUACACUCUCUUUGACGCGGUUAUUGGCCACCACGAUGUGUACAAGGUGGAAACCAUUGGUGAUGCCUACAUGGUUGCCUCCGGACUUCCCAAACGCAAUGGCCACCGACAUGCUGCUGAGAUUGCCAACAUGUCUCUGGACAUCCUCAGCUCCGUCGGGUCGUUCAAGGUGAAGCACCUCCCCGGUGUGCCUGUCAGGAUCCGAAUGGGGCUGCACUCAGGUCCUUGUGCUGCAGGAGUGGUCGGCCUCACCAUGCCUCGGUACUGUCUCUUUGGGGACACGGUCAACACAGCGUCCCGGAUAGAAUCCACAGGGCUGCCUUACAGAAUUCACAUCAGCCAAAGCACAAUGAAGACACUUCGGAGUCUAAAUGAAGGGUAUAAAAUAGAUUUUCGCGGGAAGACAGAGCUGAAGGGUAAAGGCUUAGAAGAAACAUACUGGUUAGUCGGGAAAAACGGAUUCAGCAAGCCACUGCCACAGCCUCCUGAAAUGAAGCCAGGGCAGCAUUGGCAGGACAUGGUGGCCCGAGAAAUCAAAGCUGCACUGAGAGACACAAAGAAGAAGGUUGCCAGCAAGCACAAAUGA